AACAGACUUAAUUCUUCCAUCCCCACCAGACAGACAACAACACGAGCGCCCGCUGAUACCGCAUCAGCGAAAAAGUCAGUAAACAUGGUGUACAUCCGGCAGGACAAGCUGCCCAAGCUCAAGGAGUACAAAUAUUCGGGCGUGGACCACAGUCUACUCUCCCAAUAUGUGCUCAAGCCCUUUUACGCCCAUGUGGUGAUCAAGUGUUUUCCCAUGUGGAUGGCGCCUAACCUUAUUACGCUCUCCGGAUUCGGCUUCAUUAUCAUCAACUUCCUUACCUUGCUUUGGUACACGCCGACUCUCGACCAAGACUGCCCGCGCUGGGUAUAUGCCAGCUGGGCCAUUGGGCUAUUCUUAUACCAAACAUUCGACGCCGUAGACGGGAGCCAAGCCCGGAGAACACACCAAAGCGGACCGCUGGGUGAGCUGUUCGAUCAUGGAGUUGAUGCAAUCAACACGACACUGGAGGUUUUGUUGUUCUCCGCAACCAUGAACCUAGGGCAGGGUUGGAAAACGGUUCUUACGCUGUUUGCUUCACUUCUGACAUUCUAUGUCCAGACUUGGGAUGAAUAUCACACACACACCCUUACGUUGGGCGUCAUAUCUGGACCAGUAGAAGGUAUCAUAACGCUCUGCGUUGUAUACGCCUUGACAGCGUAUCUGGGUGGGGGCAGCUUUUGGCAGCGCUCUAUGCUCGAAAGCCUUGGGGUGACGAAGCACGCAUUCAUACCGGAUAUCCUGUUCAAUAUGGCAUGGAACGAAUGGUACAUGGUGUAUGGAGGUAUUGUGCUAGUCUUCAACACCAUCUCGAGCGCCCGGAAUGUUAUGAAAGCGCGCCGUGCCCGUGGCCAAAAGACGCGGGUUGCACUUCUCGGCCUUCUGACCUUUGCCGCCGCCUGGGUUCUUAUCCCCGCGUACUUGUAUCUGCAGCCCAUUAUACUGCAUCACCAUCUCGUACCCUUUGUUUUCUAUGCCGGCCUCGUGAACGCAUACUCGGUCGGUCGCAUGAUCAUCUCGCAUCUCACCAAAUCACGCUUUCCACGGGGCAAUGUGCUCAUCUACCCUUUGAUCUAUGGUGUCUUCGACUCCCUUGGUCCGUGGCUACAAGAGCGUAUUGGUGUGGGUUGGCCAAGCGCGCUAGGUAACGACGUUUACCAGGUCGCCUUCGUAUUCAUGUGCCUAGGCCUGAGCGUAGGCGUGCACGGGAGUUUCGUCGUGGAUGUCAUCUGGACAAUCUGUGACUACCUAGAUAUUUGGUGUCUCACGAUCAAAUACCCUUACCAACCAGACAAGGAGAGCGAUGAGAAAGAGAGGAAGGGCCAAUGAUUGAGCGGGCGGCGGUGACGACGUUAUGCGGCAUAUAGAACAGAUAAAAUGUGUUAUGUAUACCAACAGUGGUGCACGGCGGAAAUGCUAUCGUGACUCUGUUGUCCCGGGUUAUAUCACCCUGCCAAUGUCUACAAUCUGCAUGUGGUUCCGCUCCGCUCGCCCGCCAAGCGAGGCUAAUGAGGCGGACCUCCGUUAGCAUCUCCGCAUAUGCACUCUGAGCCUC